AUAUACUUGUCACUCUCCUCUGGAGCCAAUCUGCCACGCAAUGAUAGAACACAGCUUAUAAAAAAGGCUUAGAACAUAGAGCAAAUCCAUGUAGUUUAGUGACUGAUCGGCAAGAGAGAAUGGCAAAGAGCAAGGAUGACAUAAAGUAUGCGACUUCACAAGCGAGGCUUAGUGAAGAUGAAGCAGUGAGAGUUGCUUACGAGCAUGGAACACCUCUUGAAGGUGGAAAGAUAGCCCAGUCUGAGCGUGUUGAUCUAUUUCCGGCUGCUCAUAACAUUUCCAAGAGCACCGAGUCUCAUAGUCAUGAUGAUCCAAAUCGACAACCACAAGAUUCUAGCAAUCAGUCCCAGAUGCGACGUGAGCCUGCUGAUAAUAUACAAGUUGGUCAUGAAUCUAACACCAAUAGUGCUAGGUUUCCCAAGAAGACUGCACCUUCUCUAAAUACCAAAUAGACCUUUCCACUUUGUUUUUGCCUUUUCUUUUACCCUCAUAUAUUUCUGAGUGUUUCUUGGGUAAGAAUUCUCUUUGUUGUAUGCUUUCAGUUGUAAGAGUUUUUCUGUUUGUCCGUUUACAAGUGCUGUCCUGUUUGCUGGUAGCAAAGGCUAAUCAAUCUUUGCCUUAUUGUA